CCUCUCGACGUCCAUUUCAAAUCACUCCUGUUUCAACUUUCAACCCACCCCACAAAUGGAACGAACAGUGCAAGAUGAAGAGCAAAUCACAGAGGAACAAAGAAAACGAGCGGAGGCAAACCGGCUCUCCGCAUUGGCCAAGCGCAAGGCCAUCCUAUCUGAAUCCAAUAAUCGUAAUUGGGAGCUCUUCAAGUGUCGUAAAAUUUUGCCCGAACCCACCAAUUUUACCGCAUCCAAACAUCCCUUGAUUGUAAAUACUGUCGGGGCCAUUCCUAAGCCCGACCUUCCACCGGAGAAGUUCCGGGCUCGGCUUGAAAUUUGUUCACCGGAUUCUUUCUCGAUCACACCGGUCCCGGUAGAGGGUUUUACGUAUCCUGGAGAAGUUGUCUGCUUUGAGAAACUUGCAGAUUAUAUCUCAAGUGCUGUGCCUUCACACUACACCCAAAAUACUGGUGGGGGAACGGCUUGCGUUUACAAACUUCAGGAUUAUGAGUUGGUUUUACGGUCUUUAAAAAGUUCUAAAUGUGUUGAAUGUGAAGAGAUACCGUGGGGAACAUUGAAUGUUGUUCAGAGGCUUUCACAUUCUUUCAUUGCGGGGAAAUGGAUACCAUGCAGGCCAGAACAUCUACCUGAUGAAAAAGUUGAUGAAUUGAUAGCAGAGCUUCCAAAAUCAUUGCUGGAUGCUCUUUUUCCUUUUCAACUUGAAGGUGUUCGUUUUGCACUACGAAGGGGUGGUCGGUGUCUAAUUGCAGAUGAAAUGGGGCUUGGGAAGACCCUCCAGGCUAUUGCAAUUGCUGGGUGUUUCCUGAACGAAGGUUCCAUACUGAUUGUUUGCCCAGCAAUUUUGAGGUAUUCAUGGGCAGAAGAAUUGGAACGUUGGUAUCCAAAUAUUGUGCCUUCUGAUAUCCAUCUUGUUUUUUGUCAUCAAGAUAACCCUGCACAUUUGAUGAAAUGUCCCAGAGUCGUGGUUAUCUCUUAUUCGAUGCUUCGUCGUUUACGGAUGUCCAUUUUGGAGCAAGAAUGGGUUACCCUAAUAGUUGACGAAUCGCAUAAUCUACGUUGUACAAAAAAAUCAUCAGAACGAGAUGAGCUAAAUGCUGUGCUUGAUGUUGCUAUGAAGGUCGAGCAUCUUAUUCUACUAUCAGGGACUCCCUCUUUGUCAAGGCCUUAUGACAUUUUUCAUCAAGUAAAUAUAUUGUGGCCGGGUUUGCUAGGGAACACCAAAUAUGAAUUUGCAAAAUCCUACUGUUCUGUCAAAUUUAUCCGGGGUUGUCAAGGAAAAGUCUUCCAGGAUUUCUCGAAGGGGAUUCGUCUAGAGGAGUUAAAUGUUCUAUUGAAGCAAAGUGUUAUGAUUAGACGAUUAAAGGAGCAAGUUUUGCUGCAGUUGCCACCCAUGCGUCGACAAAUUAUAAGACUGGUAUUAAGGAAAUCUGAUAUUAGUUCAGCAAAGGAAACUUUAGAAAUGGGAAAUGACAAUGCUUUCUCACACAAUGAUGAUGAAAAUGGACCGACUGAACAUCCUGAUGAAGUUCUAGAGAAUGAUGGUAAGGACAAAUCUUCAAAGCAUGUCCCUGAUCAAGCACUUGGUAUAGCUAAAAUUCCUGGGUUUCUUGAGUGGCUCUCUAUACAUCCAAUCAUAGCAGAGUUUGAUGAGCAGGAAAACAUGGAAUUAUGUCCCAGAUCCCAUAAAAUGAUAAUAUUUGCUCAUCAUCAUAAAGUUCUUGAUGGAGUACAGGAAUUUCUAUGUGAGAAAGGAAUACAGUUUGUUCGUAUUGAUAGCCGUAUAGUUGGUAGCGACAGGCAGUCAGCUAUUCAGUCUUUCCAGUCAUCAAUAGAGAUUAAAAUCGCGUUGAUUGGCAUCCUUGCUGGGGGAUCUGGACUAAACUUAACAUCAGCAGAGAAUGUUGUCUUCUUGGAGUUACCCAAGAGACCAUCCGAGAUGCAGCAGGUUGUUGCCGAUACUGGAAGGGACUCUCAAUCACUGAGUGAAUAAGAGUCCCUUACUGCUGUUACUCAAAACUGAUAGUUCCCUGCUGUUGUUAUUGCUAUGGAUCUGUGAAUUAGUUGAUCAGUAGAAUUGUUAGGCAACAAUAUUGUAAUGAAGCGAUGUGGGCUGGAGAUUUUGAUUGUAAAAUAUCACUCUAUAAUGAAGAUUGAGAACAAUUGUUUAUGCAAUGAGUAAAAGAAAAUAGUAAACCUAAUCUAUAAAUCUAUGAGAUUGUACUGCAGCAGCAAUGAAUAAAAGACAAGGAUAUUUGGCAUUUGAGAGGCCAAUUCUCCCCACUAGAUUUCUAUGAAAUUCAGCAUGCUUUAUUCUCUCCUUUUCCCCUUUCUUAUAGACCACGGGAUAUUAGCUCUCUAACUAUAGGUAUGAAAUGCAUGUGAAGUGGUUGCAUUCUCCUAGCUAAUUUCCUUUCGUGCCCUUGCUAUCUUCCGGCACCUUUUAUACUUAAAUUGGAUAAGAGGUCUAUCAUUAGUCCCCUUACGAAAUUCACCUUGUCCUCAAGGUGCAAAUCAAGACAAUAUACUAGUGGUUAAUAGGUCCGCUAUUAAUCUGACCAUCGAAUUCAUUAUUAAUCCGAACAUAUCUCUAACCUCCUCACUAUUGUAGGUAUUAAAAUACAUGCACCUUUGCUGCCAUCGACCAAUCCAAAUCCGGUAUCAUUGAUUUUCAUGACAAUUUCUCCUUUUAUUAUUUCUCUUAAGCAACACCCAAUAGUGUCGUACCCAUCAUACUAGAGACUCGAAUUAUUUUCCUUCUUUGUUUGAAAUUUAGUACCAAAAAGCUAUUUGAAAUUAUUGGAACUUGGUUUUGGAGUUGGCUCACCUGAAUUAAAGUUAGUACGUGAUUGCAGUUAGUUGGUGUAAUGGGGCUUGAAUUGGAGUAAUCUGAUGGUUUUUAGGGCUAUAAAUAAUUGUUGGGCCAUUUAUCUUUAAUUUAUUCAGGCCCAUUCUGACUUGGCUGACUUGAGUGAAAUUCUGCAUUCCUCUUGAUGGGCACCUCCAUAUCAUAGACCAAACCCAUUUACUUCAGCAAUUUCUCUUCUUUCAUCUUUUCCAGUUGUAGCUUUUUAAUAAUGAUCCGUUCUCCUAUGUUCUCUAGCUUUCCUUCUCUUCAGGCGACGACAAUGGGGACAUGCAAUUGAUACCUCUUUUCUUUCACCACCGUCUCCCAGUUUCCCAAUUCCCAAUGCUUCCACAUUGAAAUUUCUUCACCAAUGUAGACCUCGUUCAUGCUAAAUUGAUCCAACAUCAAAAUCUUCAAUUCUUCCCAAGUUUGAAUUAGACGAUGACUUUCUAUCGACUGUGUGGAAUUCCUGAUCUCUUGUCCUAAUUUCUAGGAUAUCCUACAGCCAUUGUCAGUGGAAUAUAAAGAAAGAAUAUAAGGCAUCAAUCUUUAUAUUUAGUAGGUUAUCAUUAAUGAAUAAUGUAAUUGACAGUGACCAUAUUUAGCUUUAUUUUGGUUCUAUUUAAUGAGAGAACUUCUCACGUUGAGGGUAUGAGUCUUAUUGAGUAUAUUUGACAUGAUAUCAGAGCCAAUUUCUUAAAAAUUUUCUCUUGUUUUCUAGGUUGAUUUUUCUUAUGGCAGAAGGAGCUAAGUAUCAAAGUUUUUUGUUUGAGUAAUAAAUAUCUAGUCAUCAUUAAUAAAUAUCUGAAAGCUAGAGUUUUGCUUCCAGUGCCUUAGGAGCUAUGGCGACACUGAAUCCAUUUGAUUUGCUAGGGGCGAUGAUUCAGAAGACCCGUCAUAGCUGAUUCAAAAGAUUGAGUUGAAGAAAAACAUUGGCUCCCGUGGCUGAGUAGCAGGUGCAGUAGCCAAAUAAGCCAGCUUCCACAAAACUCCCGUCCAAGGUCCCACCGAGGUUGCCAAAGGAGUGAAAAUCUGAAUUUGCAAGACGAGGCUGCGAUGGUGGACAUGGAUAUUGGCAUGGACGUAUUGAUGGUAUGCGUAUAACAAAGAAUCAAGUAACGUUGAGAAUUCAUACAAAAAUAGUGAUUUUUCUAGUGGAAUAGUUGUAAAUGAAGGGCUUGAUACAGGAAAAUCUUCCAUGAGGAGUGGUAGCUUUGGUGGUCCUCGUGACCCCUUUCAUGGUGGUGGCCGAGGUUGUUUCAAAAAUAGCUAUGUCGGGAAAGGGGAACAGGAACGAAAUGGCCUCAAAGGGAGUUUUAUCGCCAUGGUGGAUCUGAUCGUGGAAAUGAUAUAAAACGUAAAGGAUGUGGCCAAGGGACUAGGGAUGGUAUGAUUUGGGCCUAUUUAUGUUGUGGGCCAAUUUUUUUGUGUGGAUCCGUUUUAGUGUAUAUGGGAUUGAUUAAUAGAUGUGUUGAAUUGUUGGGUAGUUGUGUAAUUUGGUGCGAGACUUAAGUUAUAUGGGUCUUGUAAUGAUUUUUGGUAUUAGGCUGAAACUAGUGUGUAAUAGGCUUAGGUUAUAUUGUGUUAAUGGACUUCUGGAUAAUUGGGCUGAUUGAUUUCAUGGUUACUUGGUUGAUUUGAUUUUGGGCUGGAGGGGGAUGGUACUACCAUCAGUUUUUGGGAUGAUUGUUGGUGUGGAGAACAACCGCUGAAGGUGAAAUUUCCCUCUUUAUAUCGUAUUGUGUUAACACUGUCUGUAACGGUGAAUGAUGUCUUAGAUAUACGUAAUGGGAGGCUCGGUACAUUGUU